CAAUACAUGUCACGUGAUAGUAACCAAUAGGAUUUCGGGACUUGGGUGUGACGUGGCGCUAAGUUUUGUCGCAGGAAUCCGGAAAUAGGAUUGAGCACCAAGGAAAUGCACAGUUUGGGGCUUCUAUUGUUUUUCAUCGGCUUUGCAUUUUCUGCAGACAUAUCCUCAGAAGAGAGGAAUGACAGGCCAAUAGUGGGAAUCUUGGCCCAGGAAUACGCGAAACCCAGGCCUUCCAGAAGUUCAUAUAUCGCCGCAUCAUAUGUAAAAUUUCUGGAGUCGGCUGGAGCAAGAGUCGUACCUGUGAAGCUAAAUCAGACAAAGGAGGAAUAUGAAACCCUUUUUAACUCCAUCAAUGGAGUUCUUUUUCCUGGAGGUGCUGUCAGCCUCAAUGCUUCAGGGUAUGCUAAAGCUGCAAAAGUAUUCUAUGAUCUUGCUAUAAAGGCAAAUUCCAAAGGUGACUAUUUCCCAGUUUGGGGAACAUGUUUAGGGUUUGAGGAGCUGGUGUAUCUGACCUCUGGGAAUUGGUGUCUGUCUUCAACCAACACGACUGCUGUUGCACUUCCUUUAAAUUUCACCAAAGAUGCCAUACUGAGCAGGCUGUUCAAGAACUUUCCAGAAGAUGUCCUCCGUGCUCUUUCCACAGAACCCAUAACUGAAAAUUCUCAUAAAUGGAGUCUGACUCUUAAGACUUUCAACAGGAGUAAAUCACUGAAGAACUUCUACAGUGUUUUGAGCACUAAUAAUGACGGGAAAGUGGAGUUUGUGUCAACCAUAGAAGCAAAGGAUUACCCAAUUUACGGGACCCAGUGGCAUCCGGAGAAGAAUGCUUUUGAGUGGACGAGACCUUACAUCCCGCACUCGCCUUCGGCCGUGAAGGCAGCCUUUUUCAUGGCUGACUUUUUCGUGAACGAAGCCAGAAAGAACUUUCAUCGAUUUGCAAAUGCCAAAGACGAAUCGAAGGCCCUCAUCUAUAACUACAAGCCAGUCUACAUGAGUAGUUUGUCUAAAACUUCUGCAUUUGAACAGAUAUAUUUUUUUUAGUUGGAGGAUUGUGCUGAAACUCAGGGAAAGAAUGAUUCAGGUUUAAAAUUCUGGUGCCAGUAUGAAUAUUUGCGAAUGUGAAUGUUGUUAAAAUACACAUUAUAUUUUCUUUGUCAUGCUUUAUAGGGGCUUACACACACAUUAAUUUACAUUUACAGGAUUUGGCAGAUGCCCUUAGCCAGAGCGACUUACAUAAUUUGUAAUUUGUAGCAAUCGAUCAGCAAAUUACUGAUUCCCCCCCCGCGCUUGUUUUUGGUGACAUCGUUCCACCUGUGAUUUGAACAUUCAGCAUUCUGGGCCCAAACCAGGCAGGGCGAACUUCACACAUCUGUCUGGAAAUUUAGGGCACAAUGUUCCUAUGUUUGCUUAAGACCCAUUUGUUUUGCUCAUGAUAACAGGUGUGCUGUGUUUUCUGUAAUAAAUAAAUAACGGUGACCUGGGUAAUUAUAAGAGUUUUAUUGCACUAGCGGCACCAUAUGCAUAAAGGAUUUGUUGGUAUGUGGUUCGAAUUGACAAGCAAUCUGAACUUCGCAAGAGCACUUUAGUUCUUUUUGAUGAAAAUUACAGCUUUUUAACUCUGCAUGUACGCGAUUAAUAAAAGAAAAUGAUAAAAACA